UUAGUCUCGUGGCCAUGGGGCGAACGUGGUUUCUUUUGGUAACAUGUGGGAUUUCAAUUUUCUUCUCAGGUGAACUCCUGUUUUCUUCAGCCCAGAAAGCACUGCGAUGCAACAUUGGCCUCUUUGCAUGUAAGGAUGGAUCUGAAUGUAUUUCCUCCAUGCAUGUGUGUGAUGGAGAAUCGGACUGUGGAGACGGGUCUGAUGAAGACGGCUGUGCUGUAGAAUGCACUUCAGAUCAAUUUCAGUGUGCCCAUGGCCAGAAGUGCAUUGAUAAGAGUCUGCUAUGUGACGGGGUAGCCCAAUGCCAGGAUCAGUCUGAUGAGCACGACUGCUCAAAGCCUGAGGGCUGUGUUCAUCAGUGUGAUGAUAAAGCUCUCUGUCUGCCGAUAACUUUAGUUUGCGAUGGAGAGGAGGAUUGCCAGGAUGGAACUGAUGAGCUAGCUUGUGGUCCAGAGGUGACCACUCCUCCUACCACUCAGCCGGUGCCUCGGCGAUGCCGCAUUGGUUCCUCUGCAUGUGCAGAUGGCUCCGGUUGCAUAUCCUACAGUUACAUGUGUGAUGGGGAGCCGGACUGCGCAGAUGGCUCUGAUGAAAAGAACUGUGCCAGUGACUGCAGUACAGAUCAGUUCCAGUGUGCCCAUGGUAAAAAGUGCAUUGACAAGAGCCAGUUGUGUGAUGGGGUAAGCCAGUGCCAGGAUCGGUCUGAUGAGAGGGACUGCUUAAAGUCUGACGGCUGCGUUCAUCAGUGUGACAACAGAACCCGCUGUCUGCCCAACACCUUCUUGUGCGAUGGAGAGAUGGACUGCCAGGACGGGACGGAUGAGCGUCACUGUUCUGCCAAGAACUGCAGCAACUCUGAGUUCCGGUGCGCUAGCGGCCAGUGUGUGUCAAUGAGCGUCCAGUGCGACGGGCACCCCGACUGCAAGGACCGUUCCGACGAGGAAAGCUGUGCACAGCCCGCGCCCUGCUCCACUGACCUGCGCUGCCCCCAUAGCCAGGAGUGCCUGCUGGAGAACUGGCUGUGUGAUGGCGAGCAGGACUGCAAAGAUGAGACUGAUGAGAAGAACUGUGAGAAGGGCCAGGUGACAUGUAAAGAGCUCCAGUGGUCCUGUGCCUCAGAGACCCAGUGCAUCCCAAGAGCAUGGAGGUGUGAUGGUGUGAAGGACUGCACUGAUGAAAGUGAUGAAUCGGGCUGUGCUCGAGCUGUUUGCCCCUCACAUCAGUUCCAGUGCGAGAGCUCAGAGUGUGUUGACCUUCUUCUGGUUUGUAACGGCACGGCCGACUGUCAGGAUGGUUCUGAUGAAGGUGGAGCCUGUGUCAGUGACCAAUGCCCUACUGCUGACCAAUCCCAGUGUGCUCAUCUCUGUUACAAGACACCUCAUGGAACAAAAUGUGGGUGCAGGACUGGAUUUAAGCUUCAAGAGGAUGUGCAGAGCUGUGUGGAUGUGAAUGAGUGUGGGGACAGUCAUCUUAACAUCUGCAGUCACUCUUGUGAGAACACUGAGGGCUCCUUCAUUUGCCACUGCAAGCAAGGCUAUGUGCUUGAACCGGAUGGUCACAGUUGCAAGACUACAGGACAGCCCUAUUUGCUGGUUGCUGUGCAGUCCGAGUUGGUCUUCCUUGGUCUUAGAAGUUCAAGCCUUCAAGUGCUGGUCUCUGAGAAAAGGUCUAUUUUGUCUGUGGAUUAUGACUGGCAAGAGCAAAGAGUGUUCUGGAUCAGCCCCAAUGCCGAUUCCAUCAAGUGGUCUUCAUUAGACCAGAAGAGCAAAGGAAUGAUCAUCAAAGGCAUCAGUGCAGAUUGCAUUUCAGUGGACUGGGUGGGAAGGAACCUGUACUGGACUAAUGGUUUUGGGAGCCAAAUUAAUGCCAUUAGACUAGACCAGUCACUUAUGGAUGCCAAUGACUACGUUGUGAUUCUUAAUGAAGACUUGGAACAGCCACACUCUCUGGCACUGCUGCCAGAACAAGGGGUCAUGUUCUGGUCUGAUAUGGGUGGAGAAGCCAGGAUUGAGCGUGCUGGAAUGGACGGGUCUGACCGGAGGGUUCUAAUUAAAGACAGCCUGAGGUGGCCAGUGGGUCUGGCUGUAGACUCGCUGGGGCAGAGAAUCUACUGGACUGAUGAGAAACUGAAAUGCAUUGGAUCAUCCACAUUUGAUGGAGGCGACAUUAAGCUCUUACAGUUGAUGAAGAUGCCCAGCCCAUUUUCAGUAUCUGUGGUCAAUGACAUGAUGAUCUGGUCAGACACAGAGAGGGGGACCAUCCAGAUGGCUCACAAAAUCACUGGGAAAGGACGCAAGGUGGUUCUUAAACGACCUGGUCAACCUUUGGCCUUGAAAGUUGUUCAUGCUCUUCUACAAGCAAGAGUUGCCAAUGUGUGUGAAAAGCACCAGUGUUCACACCUGUGUGUGGUGGCACCAGGUCCCAAAGCGGUCUGCAAGUGCCCAUCCCAUCUGCUUUUGGAUGAUGACCAAUCAACUUGCCUUAAACCAAGGGACCCUUCAUUUGUAUAUGUGCUGUCCACAACUGCUCUCACUCAGAUGUACCUGCAGAACCGUAACCGGGCCAACAAUCUGACUAGCUGGCCAGACCACAGUCUGCUGGCGCUCCCCAACAUGAACGAGCCGACUGCGUUUGACUUCACGAUGAGGGACCUCACGGUCUACCUGGUCGAUGCAGGCCAGGCCUCGGCAGAGCUCUUCAAGGUGAAAGAUUCAACGCUCGUGUCCAGAGGCCAGCUGCUCCGCCUCAGUAAGGAAUACAUCACGGCCCUGGCUGUAGACUGGAUCACCCGCAACUUUUACUGGAGCAGCACACGGCAGCCACGUCUGCAGGUCACGUCGGCCCAGGGCACACACACUGCCGUGCUGAUCCACGAAGGCCUGUCCCAGGGCCUGGACGCCAUCGCCUUGCACGUGCCCAGCGGACGAGUCUGCUUUGUGAGCCUUAGGAAAGCGAUCGAAGAUGAACAGGUGUCCCAGGUGGAGUGUGCCUUCAUGGACGGAAGAAGCCGGAAGCUGGUCACGGAGAGCUCCACACAACUGGCGUCAUUGGUCCUGUCCGAAGAUGGUAGCAACCUGUACUGGGCAGACACAGAUGCUGGGAUUAUCGGGUCAAUGGGCCUGGAUGGAUCAGGAUACAAGGAGCUGAGAAGGAGCCCAGGCUUGAGAGCAUUUGCCCUUGUAGAUGGCAUGCUGCUCUGGGUGACGCAGAGUGGUAAUGAUGGGCAAAAGUACACAACCAAGUUUUGGUACAGUGAUGAUGGUCAGAAUGAUAAGUUGUGGUUUGAAGUCAGGACUGAUGUCAUCGGUUUGAAAGGCUACAGCAAAACCAGCCAAAUGGGAACCAACGCGUGCGCAAAUGCCAACGGAGGCUGCGGGCACCUGUGCCUGCCCUUCCCUGGGGGUAGGACCUGCAGAUGUGCCCAUGACCACCUGCCAGAUGAGGGGGGCAGGGGCUGCACCCCUGACCUGCGAUGCCCCGCUGCCACCAGGUUGUGUCUAGACGGGCAGACGUGUGUCCCCCUUCACCAGUUCUGCAACGGCCAUCCGGACUGUCCAGAUCACUCGGAUGAAAACUGUGUCCGUAAGUUGGUGAAAACCGGAUCCAGUCUCCCUACAACUACACUCUCCCAGGUUCCAGGCACCAUGGCGAACGACGCCGCAGUGCGGAACCUGGAAACCUUGCCGUGCGACGAGCAGCUCUGCCACAGUCGCGGCCAAUGUGUGUCUCGGAACGGAGACAUCUCUUGUUCCUGCUCUUUGGGCUACGGGGGAGACUUCUGUCAGGACCAGCUGCUUGGGCUCAAGAGCCCCCUCACCUACGGAGCUGCUGCAGGGGGAGCUGGCCUCCUGCUCAUUAUUGUGGUUGUCGCAGUACUUAAGAGAAGGACUGCCUCCAAUCAAAGAGCCAACCUUGAACUAGGUGAAACGAGCAUGGUGGUGCUGGAGAAACCUGAGACCCUUCCUUCAGAGCCUCCCUCUGCCAAAGACCCAGACCACCCGCAGAAUGUGGCGUCUUCAGUGGAUUAGAUUUGCUGCUGAAUUUUAUGUAACAUCGUUAAUCAAAUAAAGUGUGUUGCAAGGCUG